UUUGUAAGCAUUUUUUGUCUUUUUAAUUGCCCCCUUUUUUAUUUUUCCUCCUUUUGCUGGUGUUUGAAUUGAGCAUUGACAUGGUGGUUUUGAGCGUUUUUCACAUGCAGGCUUCAAGUUUUUAGCAUGCAGUUAUUCUGAUCGAGAGUGCCAAGAGGGUAAUCGGUGCCUUAUCGGUCUUGAGAAAGCCUUGACUUGCUUGCAGUUUUGUUUCGAGGGUCGAAACCAAGCAGCUUUUGUCAGUAUUGAGAUUUUUCAAAACAAUUUAUUGGUGGGUUUUGAAACAUUUUUAUUUUUUUGUUUCUGUCGACUUUUGCUGUUGCUAUGCUUUGGUUUGCAUUUUGCAGUGUUGUUUGUUGCCUUCGAGUUUUGUGAUUUUGAUGUGUCGGUGAAUCUCACCGAUCCAAAAAAAAAGAAAGACACCCUUUGCUUUUACUUUGUUCCUCUUUUCUUUAUAAAAAGGAGUCAUUUUUAAAGCCCCAUGACGUUUUAACGUGCUACUUUUCUUGCAGCUGAGCUCACAGGAGGGCAACUGGAGGAGAAUGACUGGUAAAAUCCAAACCAGCAACGUGACCAACAAGAAUGACCCGCGCUCCCUAAACUCCAGAGUCUUUAUCGGCAACCUCAACACAGCCAUUGUCAAGAAGACAGACAUAGAGGUCAUCUUCGCCAAGUACGGCAAGAUAGUGGGUUGCUCCGUGCACAAAGGUUACGCCUUUGUACAGUAUUUGAAUGAGAGGAACGCCCGGGCAGCUGUGGCGGGAGAGAAUGCCCGUAUCAUCGCUGGACAGCCUCUUGACAUAAACAUGGCGGGUGAACCCAAGCCGUACAGGCCCAAAGCCGGCUCCAAACGGCCGCUCUCAGCUGUUUAUAGCGGCUAUGAAUUUGACUAUGAGUACUACAGGGAUGAUUUCUACAGCAGGCUUUUUGACUACCACGGCAGAGUGGCCCCCCCACCAAGAGCCGUGAUCCCCCUCAAGCGCUCCAGGGUGAUUGCUCCCUCCUCCCGCCGCGGGAAGACCUCCUUCCCCAUCAAGACGUCCUCCUCUUCCUCCUCUUCAUCCUCCAGACCUCCCACAUCCUCCUCCGGGCUCAAACCAGUGAAGACGGACCAGCUUCAGACUAUCAAACGGGAGCUCACCCAGAUCAAGAUGAAGAUCGACUCUUUGCUGGGACGCCUGGAGAAGAUCGAGAAGCAGCAGAGAGCCGAGUCCGAGGCUCAAAGAAAGUACGAGGACAACUGCGACUCCCUCCAUGAGGAGUCCGUGUCAGAGACGGCAGAAAACUCUGGGGAGGAGGCCGGCGAGGGGGCGCUGGACGUGGAGGCGGGCGAGAUGACCGAUGGAGGCGAGGACGACUACGACGAGGAGGGCAGCCACCAUCUGAUAGAGAACCAUGUAUCGGAUAUUGACAACUGAGACCCGGAUGAGGCGGCAGACACCCCCCAGCCGGUGGUAUUAGAAUUCAUCAUCACCUUCAAGAGACGGGAAAAGGAUCUCUGAGGGAUCAAGACUCUCAUUCUGGACUGUAAGUUGUGUUCAAGAGAUGCCGAAAUCACAUUUAGAUGCCCAACUGUGCAGCACAAGCCGAACGUGAUGUGCUCUCUAAAGAAAAUGUAUUCAAGACCCAUUUUAAUGCAUUGGCCUGAGUUCACCUCAUGGAUAUUCUGUGCAACCUAUAUUUCAUUGCAAGAGGCUGACAGCAUCAUGUGCUAAUCCUGUUCCUGAAAAAAUACAAACAAGGAGGAAAGGAAGUAAAGGCUUUCUUUCAGAUUUAUAUAUUGAAUUACGUGGAGCAAAGGGAACAUGACGUCGUUGAUCAACUGUUGCUGCUUUUAUGAAAUGUGUUUGCAAUGUAAUUUCACAAACUGUUUUUCCAAUGAAUCUCUGUUGUUGCUCAAAAAUGAAAUGAAUAAAGUUACAGUCAGAACAAUGUGCGACCGCAGUAUGAUAAUCACAAAAUGAAUGAAACAUCGGUGCCGUCUGGUUUCGAAUUUGACUCAUGCAUAAGCCAAUAGCUGCGAGCAUAACUUUAUCCAGCUUUAUCCAUUUAUCACACAAAUGCCCUGUGGGGCUGUUCCAUCGUAUAUUCCAACUCCUGCCAAGUUUCAGAAGCAGGGCUUCCUGUGGUAGAGAGCUAACACUGGCACAGGCCUCCUGCCAGGGAGCAGUGCCCCAACGUCUCAAUGCACUCCUCCCUGCUCAACCUGUGCAUCCCAACAUGGACUGCUGCUGUUUAGGAGCCAACGCCCUUUCUCCUUCUCCUCUAUCUCUCCCUCUGCAUUCUGCAUUGAUUCCAUCUUAUGUAGGCAAGAGAGCAAGGUGAAGAUUUUUAAAUUAUAUAUAUAGAUGCCUUGAUUUUAUCUAAGUAUGUGAUCUGUAAUCAGAUUACAGUGGCAACAAUGGCCUUAAAACAACCUAAGCUAGAAUCACACUUGGAGAGCGCAGACCCCUGCCAAGGCCAAGUGCCCCGUCUUACAAUGUUAACGAAAGUGAAAAUUUAUUUGUGCAUCCGCCCACUCCAAGAUUUAAUUGGUUCUUCCUUGGCACAUGCUUCAUCCCUCCAUCACGGAACAUGGAAACCGGGUCUGUGAUCCUGCUUACAGAGCGACAAGCCAACAAACAAACAGAAAACAAAACCUCUGGCGGAGGUCAUAAUAAGUUAUUGAGACAAUACAGAGCUACAUCCCAUUACUUUUUUAAUAAAAUGCCGACAAAAGGCAAUAUUAAUAAUGAUGAAACUGAAUUUGCCAGCACUGGAUGAUUUGUCCCCUUAUUUGCUGUAGUUUACCAGCAUGAUAAUGCUCAAGAUUUCUACCAAUUCAGAUUUGUAACACUGAGCGCGUUUACAUGGACACAAUUAACCCGUCUAUGAUGAUCAUAUUCAGGAUGCGGUAUUCACAUGAGCACAGACUAAUCGAGUUAUUCAUAUUCCUCAUAUACAUGAAAAAUAAUGUGGUUACUUAUUAGUGCAGUGUGUUUGCGCAGAAGCCUGUGAUGUCUACAAAAACAAACCAACAACGGGAGAUGGGAGAGACAUGAAAUAUUAAACACUUCACUCUACAUUUACUACUACUACUACUACUCCUGCUAAUUUGGAUGGCAGUAGAUGAAGACACGCAAGCUCUUUCAUUACGAAAAGACAAGACUGUUUAUUUCUGCUACAGAAGUGAGACGCUGUCACUGCCACCAUUUGUUAUGUUUCUAUACUAUGUGAUUUUGGUUGAAGCCUGUGGAGGUAGUUGGGGAUGUUCAGUAACUGGGAUGGGUCGUAUACAUGCAACAGUAUUACAGUUUCUUUUGGAGUACACCAGGUAGCAUAUUCGGGUCUCUCAUAUUUUCUAUUCUGUUCUGUUCGACUCUAAACGGGAUACUCCGGAAACCCGACCAUAACCUGAGUAUUUAUGUCCAUGUAAACACACUCAUUGCUGCCAUGUAGAGCUGCUAACAUGUAAUAUUUUCAAAUUCACAGCUUGAAACUCAGCUGAGUGAUUUUAAAUAACCUUAUUAUAAAUUAAUUGCUGCUAAGUGAAUUAUGACACCAGUGACUGGAAGUCAGCAUGUACCACUGUUGAUUAGUCACAUCAUGUUUACCCCCUUUUUUAUUUAUUUGCUCUCAACAAUCAGACAUUUGUUAUUUCAAGCUUUUCCCUUGAAGCCAUUCUCAGAAGGAGGUAGGUGUUGGGAACUACAGCAAAUGUGCACCAGGUGUGCCAGCUGAUUGGUCAGGAGCAUCAGUUAGGCUGAUGAUGUGUGUCAGCUGGCGCAUCUGGUGUAUAAAUGCCGUAAACAGGGUUGUAAGCAUGAACUGCAGGAGCUAGAAAAGCUAGUGGGCUAAGGACAUUCAUCAAGGCUGUAAAUUACACAGCUUCUUAUCAAACACUUUGCUGUCAUUAACCUCUAUCACUGUCCUCACUGCAGCCAAGUAACAUCUCUCUCCUCUGUGCUGCUUGUAGAACGUCACUGUACUGUUGUUGAACUCGUCGUCUUUUGCUUCAGUUCACGCUCAGAAGCAUGAACACCCGGUGUGACCACGCCUUUACUCCUCCUGAGGGUCUUAUUUAAGUAUGACAGCAGACAGGCCUCUUGUUAUUGGAAUAAACUUUAUACUUACUGAAUAUCAGUAGCAAUCCUGAAUUGAUAUAAAAGUUGAAUCAUGUGAUUCAGUGCUUUUAUUAGUUUAAUGAGUUGUUUCGCCCAAAUUAUUUGUUUUUAAAUAGGCUAUUGGUGUCUAGUGGAGCAGAAAGUUGUGGUUUUAUUUGCACAGGUUUUGAGAUGUGCCCUUGAGACUUGUAGCCACCCCAGUGCAAUCAAGGUAAAGUACAUUUCCUUUGUGGUGCUUGAAGCAUUAAAAAUGCAUUUGAAAAAUUCAGCAGCAAUGUUUCUUUUCAGACACGAUGUCCUUAUUACUCCGGGAAAUCCACACAUGCUUCUGUAGACAUUUUUGUUUACCUCGGGUAGCAGCCCAGUCACCAGGAUAAAAUAUUGGCGUACAUUUCUGCAAACCAAGUUACAUUCUGUGUGCAGUUUGCAUGUUCUCCUUGUGUCAGCCACAGUCCAAAGACAUGCAGGUUAACUGGUGACUCUAAAUUUCCCAUAGGUGUGAAUGUGAGUGGGAAUAGUUGUGUGUCUCUAUGUGUCAGCCCUGUGAUAGUCUGGCGACCUGUCCAGGGUGUACCCCGCCUCUUGCCCAGUGUCAGCUGGGAUAGGCUCCAGCCCCCCACAACCCUGUACCAGCAUAAGCAUUUACAAAUAAUGAAUGAAUGAACACUGCAUUUGUAUGUUUCAUACGGUUCUCAUCAACGUCUCUAAAUUGACAUAGUUCAGAUUACAUGUACAGUAUAGUGUGAUGAGUGUCUCAUCAGAAGGAAGAGUGGGAGUGGAGGGUGUGAGACCUUGGCGAGACAGCUGCCAGCAGACAGCAGCAAACUACUGUUUGAGAACAAGACAGGUAUUUUAUUAACAAGAGUCUGCAACAUUUCCAGCCGUCGUUGUGGAAACAAAACCAGGUCUUUUGAGCCAAAACUAGAUGUUUUCAAGACUCUAAUCAAGCAUGGAUGUAUAAAGAGAACUGGAUCAAGGUGGGCCCCGUUCAUUCCUAUGAAAGUUCCUUGGCACAUGAAACCAGAAAAGUUAGAGUUCCCAAGUGUAAAAUUACCCAGAUCUCCCACACUAUUGGGCCUAUAGACCAAGCACACCACAGAUUUAGUCUUGCAUUUGAAAUGUUAUUGUAAUGAAUGGAUCAAAUCCCGAUAGGGAAGCGAGUCAUUCUGGGGUUGUGACACUCAAAAAAUGUAUCCACUGAUUUAAAAAUGUGUCUUUCCUAAUGUAAGUCUAUAGGUAAAACUCUGUCGGCCCAGUGGCAUCACUUAAUGAACCCGAAAGUUGAAAUCCCACUGUUUGGUCACCAUGAAAGUUAUAUUACAAAAACUGCAACGUAAAGAAAGGUAAAGUCUCAACAUAUCCGCUAAAUCUGAAACAUACGAAUGUAACAUAUCCAUGGUUUGCAGAAACCUACAAUGCCAACAGUUAUUCCAGCAAUUGUGUUGUAGGUAGGAAAGGGUUCCUGUGAAUACUGUGGAAUAAUCACCUGAAUAAUGGUGUUUUGUAUAUAUGUAAUUGUUGAAACUCUGUUAACCCCCAUUGUAUCUUAUUAGUGCAAAACCUGGGCAAUUAAAACCAAGACUAAGUAAGAAAACAUUGUUUUGUGAUUUGGUUGAACUGACCCUUUAAACAGAGAAUUAGCUCAACAUGAAGGAGAGGUCACCUUGCACAGUUUCAUGAACACAACGGUCGGACCUGGCAGUGCUGCCUGAAAAAAUACAUAAAAUAAAAUGUCUGUCCUGCAGCUCAUUCAAAAUAAGUGUCUGGUGAAUGAUGAUACUGUGUAAUAUUUAGCACUAUUUUUGUAUCCAAAAACAUGUCUAAGGGAAAUGGCUCUGCUACAUGUUUAUCUUUUUUGCUGGUAGCCUGUUAUUUAAUGAGCAGUAUGGUGAUGUGUCAAAUAUUUUGCAAAAUUACCAAAAAAAAAAAAAAAAAAAAUCCAUUGCUUUUAACUGUUGUAAUUUCUCUGGGUCACUUUAAAACAUUUCUGGCUCAAUGCUUACUUUUAGUUUGCUUUGUAAAUAGUCCUUCUCAUGUUUAUUUAAAAAAACUAAUAGACUGAAAGAGACUAAGUUUAAAAUGAUGCUGAAUUAAUAUACUGACAGUUUGUUGGAGUCGUUGCAGGUUUUAACCAGAAUCGUGGGGCUUGUAGAGAUAGUGUAACUGACAACUGUUGUAUAGAAAUGUACAUUUUUUUGUAAAGAUAUUUUUAUCAAAAGGCAUGUUUACUGUAACUUUGUAUUUUCAGUUCAUGUAUAAAAACAGUAUAUUCCAACUGUUGUAAGGCUAGAAAACUCAUCGUCAUUGUAGAUAACUACUUGUGUUCUUAUCAGUCAAUAAAAUGUUUGUGUCAUAUUUAACUAGUCAAAUGU